UUUUUGUUUAUUUAUUUAUGAAACACAGGUGUGUUUUGUCAACCAAGUUUUUAAUAUUUGCUUGGUUUUGUCUAGUGAUGGUAGGGAGAUGGGACUAUUUUUCUCAUCUAUAAUAGCAGGUUAGCACUUUCUGACGCUGUUGCUCUUUCUCCAAACCUAAAUAGAAGAUAUAUGAUAUGUUCAUGGUGAUGGUGUUGUUUUCACUAUCAUCCACCCGUGGUGUCACUUCUUUCUUUUUGUUUAGUUCCUCUAAUCUUUCCAUGCUGAACAAGGGUGUUAAAGAAGUAAGUUUAAGAGCAUUUGACAAAAAGAACUUGGAUACGAAGUCCCCAGAAAGCCUUGUAAAAGGAAAGGAACUUUCUUGGGAGCUAUAUAACCACACAAUAUGUGAUUGUUGCAAAGUGGGAGAUAUUGACAGGGCUAUGACUCUUCUCGCUCGGAUGGAGGCUUCGGGGCUUCAUCCCAACUUGAUAUCCUACACCCAUUUGAUUGAAGCUCUUGGAAGCAUAGGAAGGACUUUGGAAGCUGAAGCAGUUUUCCAAGAAAUGAUAUGUUCUGGGUUUAAGCCUAGAGUGAACUUGUACAAUGUUUUGCUUAGAGUUUUCUUAAAGAAAGGGCUCCUAGGAGGUGCAGUUAAGGUAUUAGAUUUAAUGGACGAUUUGGGUAUUUGUAGGAAUCAAGAAACAUAUGAGGUUCUUCUGGAUUACUAUGUGAAUGCUGGGCGUUUGGAAGAUACUUGGGGAAUAAUCAACGAAAUGAGGCGCAAGAGGUUUCAACUGAACUCGUUUGUGUAUAGUAAGGUUAUUGGUCUUUACAGGGAUAAUGGGAUGUGGAAGAAAGCAAUGGGUGUUGUAGAAGAGAUUAGGGAGAUGGGGAUGUCACUAGACAAGCAGAUUUAUAACAGCAUUAUAGAUACGUUUGGGAAAUAUGGUGAUUUGGAUGAAGCCUUGGAAGUGUUUGAGAAAAUGCGACAAGAAGGUAUAAGGCCUGAUAUAACAACAUGGAAUUCUUUGAUCAGGUGGCAUUGUAAGGUUGGGAAUUUAUCUAAGGCCCUUGAGUUGUUCACCCAAAUGCUAGAACAAGGGUUAUAUCCUGAUCCAAAGAUCUUCAUUACCAUUAUUAGCCGUUUGGGAGAGCAGGGAAAGUGGGAUGUGAUAAAGAAGAAUUUUGAGACUAUGAAAUACAGAGGAUAUAAAAAAAGUGGCGCCAUUUAUGCAGUUUUGGUUGAUAUUUAUGGGCAAUAUGGGAGAUUUGCUAAUGCUGAGGAGUGCAUAUCUGCUCUAAAGUCAGAAGGCGUUCAACUUUCAGCUAGCAUUUUUUGUGUCUUAGCAAAUGCUUAUGCUCAGCAGGGAUUAUGUGAGCAGACACUUAAGGUACUUCAGCUCAUGGAAACAGAGGGGAUUGAGCCAAAUAUUAUAAUGCUGAAUGUGUUGAUCAAUGCAUUUGGUAUUGCUGGGAGACACAUGGAGGCAUUAUCAAUUUAUGAUCAGAUGAAAGAAAGUGGUAUUAGUCCUGAUGUGGUUACGUAUAGUACGCUUAUGAAGGCAUAUAUUAGGGCAAGGAAAUUUGAUAAGGUCCCUGAAAUAUACAAGCAAAUGGAAUAUGCUGGAUGUACUCCAGAUAGGAAGGCAAGAGAGAUGUUACAAGCUGCAUUAAUGAUCCUUGAACAGAGACCAUAUAAGUACUAGAUUGGCCUGCAGUCUUGUGUGGUCAGUGUGCUCAUGUUUGGUAGGUGUGGAAAUUAUCAUAUUCCAGAUGACACGUGAUACACCUUUAAAUCACAGUCCUUUUGCAACAUGGAAUGAAUGUUUGCUUGAGCUGAGGUGAGCUCCUCUUUUCCUCUUAUUGUAGGAUGUCACAGAUAUGCUUUUGGCUCAUGAUUGUUCAUGUUUCCUAUAAGCGUUUAACUUCCUGUUAUAAUGACUUUAUACCCUAAUGGCCUUGGUUUUGCAUUUGAAUCUUGCUGACUGUUGUCCUUACAUGGCUGUUAUAUAAAUUUUCAGACUGAGUGGGGAGUUUGACACUUGGUGUGAUAACUUAAAAUAUUUUCUCUGGGACUUCGAAACCUUGUUCACAAAUGGACUUAAGAGCAUUCAAACGUUGCUUAGUAGUGGAAAUAACAGGUGAAGGAUGCUCCAGGCAUCAGGAAUUAUUUAGGCAGAGGAUCUUCUGACAAAUUGUUCCCAUCUCUGGUUUAUCAUUUUUUAUUUGACUGACAACAUACUGAGGUUUCCAUGACUGGCUCUCAACCAUCCAUAUAUUGCCUAUACAUUUUUUAGCUGGAAACUUGGGGGCUUAAGUCGAUCCUUCCCUUCUCUUGGCCCUGGAGAAUUAAUACAAGCAAGUCCUUCUACUGCAAGAAGCAAUGGUCACCCAUGUUUGUCUGUCACAGAUGCGGGCCUUUAUUAUGCAUUGGUUACUUCAACCGGAAUUUUAUGCUCCAAAAAAUAUCCAAAAAAAAAAAAAAAAAGAGAGAGAAAGGAAAUGAGGUUGUCCAAGAGCUGAACAUUGAAGAUUCUUAGAUUGUUGCAGAUUGAUGGAUGUGGUGGCAAAAGUCUUUUCUCUUACAUUUGGAGUGGCAACCAAGGGGAGGGAAGAUGUAUAUAUUGGAUUGGGCUGACAUAUAUAAUGGGUGAUGUUGGGUUGGGGUCUGUUAAGCCAACAGGUCACUUAUCUUUUUGAGAAAUGAAGAGUACCAGUUAUUUACCAAAAAAAGAAGAGUGUGAGUUACUAUGUUAUCUUGAGAGUAAUCACUCUCUACUUUGAUGACUGAAUUUUUGUUGGCUUGCCUUGCUUUAGAGGUAGAAGCAGUAGAUGAAGCAUUUCUUUUUUAUGGAGUAGGAAAUUUUUUGGUGGGUAAAGAUCAGAUUAAGGAGGUGAGGAAUAGAAUAGCAUGUGCUUAGGCAAAUCUACACUACCUAGAUUUGGUAUGUGAACAUUAAAGGCUUUUGGAAUGACUGCAUGAACUUUUGAUGUAGUGUUGGCCCUAGGCAUGCAUUGGUGGUUGGAGAUGGAAAUACAACUGAUUUGAUAGGAGUAAAGAUUAUUUUCUUAGAGAGAUCCUGCGGAUUAAUUUAAUAAUAAUGCUAUGUGCUGUCGACCGGUGGUCUUUCUAUGAAGCAGCAGAUUGAACAAAAACAGCGUGGCUCAGGAGCUUUCACAUGAGAUCAAUCCACCUUCUCUAAAAAAAAAAAAAAAAAAAAAAAAAAAAAAAAAGAAAAAAAAGAAAGAGAGAGAUCAAUCCGCUACUCUGACUGCCCUACAGCGAAUGGAGCAAAGUUAGCAGCAUUUCAAUCUCCUAGACCAAUUGCCAUGCCAUAUAUUUAACAUUAUUGUUAAUUUAGGCUAUAUUUUUGAGGAACCCAACUAAAUCAUUUGAAUGUCAAGAGUUGUAGAUAUCAUCCCUUAUUAUGCUGUCCUAUCAGUCAAGUUAGAAUAUGCUUUUGUUUUGGGUGAGUUUAAAUGAUUUGAUACUUCCAGGUUACUUACCCAUUUAACUUCCAAAAUACAUGUAAAUGUGUCUGAACUCUCUUACUCCAUACAAAUGGUUUUCACUCAAUCUAAUUGUGAUAUGAUAUUCUGUUAUGGGAAUUCUCUUUGUUUCAUGCACAGUUUUGUUCAAGUUUGAAAAGUGAUGGGAGUAUAGAGUACAGUUUUUUGAAAAGUGGAGUAGAGAGUACAGUUUGGAAAUGAAAGAAGAAAGAGAAGGGUGGAAAACAAAGAAAUAUAAAAUUUUGGAAAAUGUUAACAGGCACGUGUGUUUAUAAGGAUGAUUAAUUGUAGAGUUCACCUAAUAAAGAAUUGGUAUCGGUUAAUGAAAUGAAUGAAAAUAGUACUGAAGUAGCAAGUAGAACUUAAAAAAUGUUAGUUUUAUUGGCUUUACGCCUUAUAAAGU